AUGGUCAGCUGGUCCUCGCGUGGCUGCACCACCAUCUCUUCUGGGAGUUUGGCCCCAGAAACAAACACUAAUGAACACAUCACUUCAGCUGUCCUGACGUUUGCUUGCUGGGCUGUGGAGCCAGUGUCCCCACAGGCAGCCCUUGGCUCAGGGGGAGGGGUGUCCCAGGGAGAAGGGGCUCUCCCGUGUAAGCAUAGGGACCCCCCGGAGUUGAGUGACACGUGGGGUUUGCUUGAGGCAAGGGUUGGUCACAGCCACUGUCCCUCUGCGCCCCAGCACCAGCAGCACUACCUGGAGCUGGCCUGUUCCCUGUCCAACCACACUGAGGUGCAGCGGGCUUGGGCCACCAUUGGCCGCACCCACCUGGACGUCUAUGACCACAGCCAGUCGCAGCAGGCCCUGCUGCAGGCUCGAGCUGCCUUUGAAAAGAGCUUGGCUAUUGUGGAUGAGAAGCUGCACAGGACGUUGCCCAAGCGAGAGCUGAGUGAGAUGCGGGCCCGACUCUACCUCAACCUGGGCCUCACCUUCGAGAGUCUGCGGCAGACGGCCCUGUGCAAUGACUACUUCAAGAAGAGCAUCUUUCUUGCCGAGCAGAACCACUUGUACGAGGACCUGUACCGUGCCCGCUACAACCUGGGCGCCAUCCACUGGCGUCAGGGGCAGCACUCCCAGGCUAUGCGCUGUCUGGAGGGGGCCCGGGAGUGUGCGCGCACCAUGCGGAAGGGGUUCAUGGAGAGCGAGUGCUGCGUCCUCAUCUCACAGGUUCUCCAAGACCUGGGUGAUUUCCUGGCUGCGAAGAGAGCGUUGAAGAAGGCCUACAGGCUGGGCUCCCAGAAGCCUUUGCAGAGGGCGGCUGUGUGCCAGACCCUCAAGUAUGUGCUGGCGGUGAUCCGGCUGCAGCAGCAGUUGGAGGAGUCCGAGAGCAGUGACCCUCAGAGCGCCAUGGGCAUCUGUGAGCAGCUGGGGGACCUGUUCUCCAAGGCAGGCGACUUCCCCAGGGCGGCGAAGGCCUACCAGAAGCAGCUGGACUUUGCGGAGCUGCUGGACAGGCCGGGGCCCGAGCUGGCCGUCAUCCAUGUGUCCCUGGCCACCACUCUGGGAGACAUGAAGGACCCCCGUGGGGCUGUGCACCACUAUGAAGAGGAGCUGAGGCUGCGUGAGGGCAAUGCCCUGGAGGAGGCCAAGACCUGGCUGAACAUUGCCUUGUCCCGCGAGGAGGCCGGUGACACCUAUGAGGAGCUGGCACCAUGCUUCCGGAAGGCUCUCAGCUGCGCCCAGCAGGCUCAGCGGCCCCAGUUGCAGAGGCAGGUCCUGCAGCACCUCCACACCGUGCAGCUGCGGCUGCAGCCCCAGGAGGCUCCUGGCACUAAAGCCAGGCUCCAGGAGCUGCGUGUGGAACAGGACGAGGAGGAGGAGGAGGAGGAGGACGGGGAAGGGGAGGAGGCCAGUGACGCCAUGGAGGCCAGCGAGGUGGAGCUCUCAGACAGCGAGGAUGAGAGCCAGUCCCAGGACCUGGAGGAGGAGGAGGAGCUGCGGGGCUGCCUGGGCCGGCAGCAGGUGAACAAGGUGAGGCCCAUGGGGGUGGGGGGUCCCUCUGGGGCUCACCAGCGUGGCCUGGACCCUCUGCUUCUGCCCCCCACACACAUCUGUUCUGUGGGUCACCCCCUGAACCCUCGGGACUACUGUGGUUGGACACCCUUGCACGAGGCCUGCAACUACGGGCAUCUGGACAUCGUCCGCUUCCUGCUGGACCACGGGGCCGCCGUGGACGACCCGGGCGGCCAGGGCUGCGAGGGCAUCACUCCCCUGCACGAUGCUCUCAACUGUGGCCACUUUGAGGUGGCUGAGCUGCUCAUUGAACGGGGGGCGUCGGUCACCCUCCGAACCAGGAAGGGCCACAGCCCGCUGGAGACGCUGCAGCAGUGGCUGAGGCUGUACCACCGGGACCUGGACCGCGAGACACGAGAGAAGGCUGGCGCCAUGGAGAGGAGGCUCAGGGAGGCCUCCGAGGGCCGAGCUCCCCACAGCCCCCUGGCUCCCCGGAGCCUCCCAAGUGACCAUCUGUUUGACGCUGAGACCUCUCCUUCCUCGAGCCCCUGCCCAGGGCUCCCAGAGGCCUCUCAGGCCAAUGCCAGGGUCUGGGAGGCACAGGCAGUGCCGGCUGUGGCCAGGCCGCGGAGGAGCAGGCACCAGCUGGCCAGCAGCAGCAGCUCGGAGGGUGAGGACAGUGGGGGCCCACCUGGGGCCCCCCAGAAGAGGCCUCGGCACUCUGCUCCAGCACAGCGAGCCGGGGCCUGCGUGCUUGGCCAUGUCAACAACAGGAAGGUGGCAGCAGCUGGCCGGGCAGCCUACUGGGCAGCCAUUCGAGGAGUGGGCAGUGCCCGGAGCUGCCGCCCCAAGCCUGGUCCACCUCGGGGCCUGGGUGAGGCCCCCACUCCCACGGCAGCACUGAUCCCUGAGGAGGAGUGUCUGUCCGGGGCCUGGCUGGAAGAUGACGUGCUGCUGACCCAGGGCCGCCGCCCACCCCACCCCCAGAGCCGUGGGUGCAGGACCGGGCACAGUGCCUCCGAGUCCAGCAGUGACGAGAGUCCUGUUAGGCCCCGGGCCCCGGCCAGGCAGAGCCAGCUGCCCUGUCUCAGGAGUUGGAGGGCCGCGGUCCGAGCAGGCGCAGACGGCAGCUCGGCCAUGGAGCCCUUGCGGAGCCCUCCCGUCCCCGGCAGCGGGGACACCCCCGCAGCCGGCCUUUCCUUGGGGCCGGUCCUGCCUCCUACCAUCCGGGUUCGAGUUCGCGUUCAGGAUAACCUUUUCCUCAUCCCCGUUCCACACAGCAAGGAGGCCCACUCUGUGGCCUGGCUGGCCGAGCAGGCCGCCCAGCGCUACUACCAGGCCUGCGGGCUGCUGCCCAGGCUCACACUACGAAAGGAGGGGGCCCUGCUGGCCCCGCAGGAUCCCAUCCCCGAUGUGCUGCAGAGCAAUGAGGAGGUGUUGGCUGAAGUGACCUCAUGGGACCUCCCCCCCCUGACCGACCGUUACCGCAGGGCCUGCCAGAGCCUGGAACAGGGGGAGCACCCGCAGGUGCUGCAGGCCAUGGAGCACCAGGGUGUGGGCCCCCUGUUCAGCGCCUGCUCCCUGGCCCUGCGCCAGGCCCAGCUCACCCCCUUGCUUCGGGCCCUCAAGCUGCACUCAGCACUCCGGGAGCUGCGCCUGGCAGGGAACCGGUUGGGGGACAGCUGUGUCACUGAGCUGCUGGCUGCCCUGGACACUUGGCCUGGCCUGACCCUCCUCGACCUCUCUUCCAAUCACCUGGGCCCUGAAGGCCUUGGCCAGCUCGCCUCCGGUUUGGUGGGCAAAGCCACCCUGCAGAACUUGGAGGAGCUGGACUUAAGCAUGAACCCCCUCGGGGAUGGCUGUAGUCAGGCCCUGGCCUCGGUCCUGCGGGCCUGCCCUGCACUCAGCACUCUGCACCUCCGGGCCUGUGGCUUCGGCCCUGGCUUCCUCCUGAGCCACCAGGCAGCCCUGGGCCGAGCCUUCUUAGAUGCCAAGCACCUGAAGACACUGUCCCUGUCCUACAACAUCCUGGGUACCACAGCCCUGUCCCAGACCCUGCAGAGCCUGCCCGCCCAGACCCUCCUGCACUUGGAAGUCAGUUCCAUGGUGGCCAGCAAGACUGACUCGGGCCUGGUGGAACCCGUGGUCAGAUACCUGACCAAGGAGGGUUGUGCCCUGGCACACUUGAACCUGUCUGCAAACCACCUGGGUGACCAGGCCGUGAGACACCUGAGCAGAUGUCUCCCUCUGUGCCCCUCGCUUGUCUCACUGGACCUCUCUGCCAACCCUGAGGUCAGCUGUGCUGGCCUGGAGGAGCUCCUGUCCGCCCUGCAGGAGCGGCCCCAAGGCCUGAGCUUCCUGGGCCUGGCAGGCUGCACUGUCCGGGGUCCCCUCGGCCCCGGCCUCUGGGACAAGAUCGCCGCGCGGGUGCAGGAGCUACAACUGUGCAGCAGGCGGCUCUCC